AUGAGAACUAUAGGAAACGUUGUACCACUCCUGGUUUUAUUUAUGGUGUUUGAAUCUGGCUCCGUUCAUGCUUCCAGAUUUAAGUUUACCAACUUUGUUUGUGAUUCACUAAAUGAAUCCGUGCUUUUGGUGCACAAAUGCCGCUUAAAGGCAGUUCGUCGGGACCGAACUACACUGAACUUCAAUGGGACUUUGCAGCAAACAGUUAAUAACGUCCGGGUGCACGGCCAGAUUUUCAAGAGGGCUAAUGGAUACAAGCCGUGGCUCUAUAACAUCACCAUAGACGGCUGUCGAUUUAUGCGAAAACCCUACGAACCAGUGGUAAUACUCGUUUAUAACCUAUUUAAACAGUUCUCAAACUUCAAUAAGCCGUGUCCCUACGACGGGCCAGUCUACGUAAUGGGGUUCCACCUCCUGGGGUCACAGAUUCCAGUUCCACUUCCUUCUGGCGAAUACCUAGUUUUAAUUAAGUGGUAUACCGAUAAGACACUAAUAAUUUCCACUGGUAUAUAUUUUUCAUUUGAAGAGAAUUGGCAAUGACCCCUGGGUUGGCAUUCCUUAGCUUUGUAAUCUACUUCACAAAAAGGAAAGUGAUGGCUUUAAAUCAAGUUAUAUAACUUCUCCAAAUAAGUUUAAUCAAAAUUUACUUUACAGGGCUCAUUUUCCAUCUGAAGUGGUUGCAAAUAUUUAUUUCAAAAGUAUUUCUUCAUUUUUCAAUUAUUACCUUUUGUAUUAUUCAAUGACAAAUGUAAUAAA